AUGAAAUUCAACGGCUUGUGGUAUUGGCUGUUAUUAUUGUUUAGCGUGAAUGCUAUUGCAUCAAAUGUGGGUGAGUUGAUUGAUCAGGAAGACGAAGUAAUUACGCAAAAGGUUUUUUUCGAUAUCGAUCAUGAUGAAGAGAAAGUUGGCAGGAUUGUGAUUGGGUUGUACGGAAAAGUAUGUCCCAAGACAGCGAAGAACUUCUACGAGCUAAGCACCACCACUAAUUCCAAGAAGGGAUUUAUCGAGUCCACUUUCCAUAGAGUGAUUCCCAACUUCAUGGUACAGGGAGGUGACUUCACACAUGGUACUGGCGUCGGUGGUAAAUCCAUCUAUGGAGACACAUUCCCUGACGAGAACUUUACUUUAAAGCAUGACCGCAAGGGUAGGCUGUCGAUGGCUAACCGUGGUAAAGAUACCAAUGGAUCCCAGUUCUUCAUCACCACUACAGAAGAAGCGUCAUGGCUCGACGGAAAGCAUGUGGUUUUUGGUCAGGUCGUGGACGGCAUGGAUGUGGUGAACUACAUACAGCACGUGUCCAGGGAUGCCAGAGACAAACCUUUAAAACCGGUCAAGAUCGUAAAUUGUGGCGAGUGGACGCCUGAACUUUCUUCUUGA